UCCAUCUCCCUACAUGCUCCACGUGGGUGUUGGGCGGAGCGGACUCCAUCUCCCGGCGUGCUCCGGGCCCCGCGGGCUCCUGGGCAAGCUCCUUGUGUGGGAUGUACGAGCGGAGGCCAGCAUGGGGCUGAAGGCUGCCCAGAAGAACCUGUUCCCUCUGCGGUCCAUCGAUGACGUGGUGAGGCUCUUUGCCGCUGAGCUGAACCGGGAGGAGCCCGACCUGGUGCUGCUGUCCCUGGUGCUGGGUUUCGUGGAGCACUUCUUAGCAGUCAACCGCGUGAUCCCCACCAAUGUGCCCGAGCUCACCUUCCAGCCCAGCCCUGCCCCCGACCCCCCGGGCGGCCUCACCUACUUCCCCGUGGCUGACCUCUCCAUCAUCGCGGCCCUCUACGCCCGCUUCACGGCCCAGAUCCGAGGUGCGGUGGACCUGUCCCUCUACCCCCGGGAGGGGGGUGUUUCCAGCCGAGAGCUGGUGAAGAAGGUCUCUGAUGUCAUCUGGAACAGCCUCAGCCGUUCCUACUUCAAGGACCGCGCUCACAUCCAGUCCCUUUUCAGCUUCAUCACAGGCACCAAGCUGGACAGCUCUGGUGUGGCAUUUGCAGUGGUGGGAGCCUGCCAGGCUCUGGGCCUCCGAGAUGUCCACCUGGCCCUGUCUGAGGACCACGCCUGGGUUGUGUUUGGCCCCGACGGAGAGCAGACGGCUGAGGUCACGUGGCACGGCAAAGGAAACGAGGACCGACGGGGACAGACCGUGAACGCCGGCGUGGCUGAGCGAAGCUGGUUGUACCUAAAGGGCUCCUAUUUGCGCUGUGACCGAAAGAUGGAGGUGGCCUUCAUGGUGUGUGCCAUCAACCCCUCCAUUGACCUGCACACGGACUCUCUGGAGCUGCUGCAGCUGCAGCAGAAACUCCUCUGGUUGCUUUAUGACUUGGGACACUUGGAAAGGUACCCAAUGGCUCUGGGUAACCUGGCAGACCUGGAGGAGCUAGAGCCAACACCUGGCCGGCCGGAUCCCCUCACCAUCUACCAUAAGGGCAUUGCCUCUGCCAAGACCUACUAUCAGGAUGAGCACAUCUACCCCUACAUGUACCUGGCUGGUUACCACUGCCGGAACCGCAAUGUCCGCGAAGCUCUACAAGCCUGGGCAGACACAGCCACCGUCAUCCAGGACUACAAUUACUGUCGGGAGGAUGAGGAAAUCUACAAGGAAUUCUUUGAAGUGGCUAAUGAUGUGGUCCCCAACUUGCUGAAGGAGGCCGCCGCCCUGGCAGAGACCGGUGACGAUCGGGCCGGAGAACACGCUCAGGGCUCCACAGCCCAGGGUUCAGCCUUGCAGGACCCCGAGUGCUUCGCCCACCUCCUACGCUUCUAUGAUGGCAUUUGCAAGUGGGAGGAGGGCAGCCCCACACCCGUGCUGCACGUGGGCUGGGCCACCUUCCUGGUGCAGUCUUUGGGGCGCUUCGAGGGCCAGGUCCGGCAGAAGGUCCGCAUCGUGAGCCGGGAGGCAGAGACCGCAGAGACUGAGGAGCCAUGGGGCGAGGAAGCCCGGGAAGGCCGCAGGAGGGGGCCCCGGCGAGAGUCCAAGCCUGAGGAGCCCCCACCCCCCAAGAAAGUGGCCCUAGACAAGAGCAUCCCCAGGAGGCCUGGUGUGGCCCCAGGGGCUCCCAAGGGCCCCGAGGGGGCAGGCCCUGUCCCAGCCCCAGCCCCCCCAGCCUCCCCACCCCCUGAGGGCCCCGUGCUCACCUUCCAGAGUGAGAAGAUGAAAGGCAUGAAGGAAUUGCUGGUGGCCACCAAGAUCAACUCCAGUGCCAUUAAACUGCAGCUCACUGCGCAGUCCCAAGUACAAAUGAAGAAGCAGAAGGUGUCAGCGACCAGCGACUACACCCUGUCCUUCCUCAAGAGGCAGCGCAAGGGGCUCUGAGGGGCCUCCGGGGCCUGUAGCCCAUCCCCCCCCCCAGCGCCCACACCCCCAGGCCCUGCCCUGGUCCUGGCCUAGGGCCAGCCUGGGAUCCUGGAGGAAGCCCUGCCCGCCUGGCCAGCCGAGGGGCUGGGAGCUGCUUAACCCUUUCCUGCUUGUUUGUACAUAGAUUUAUUUUUCAGUCUCUAGGAGAUGAAUAAAUUUUUGUAACAAAA